AACUUGUCGGCUGCGCCAUCUGCCCACUAGUGCUCUGCCUCCAAAGGCGUCAACUUUUUUUAAGGAAUUUGUAACGUAUAAAAUCCAAUCGGAUUCACAUUCGUCUGAGGGGGAAACCAUGAGUGGCUUUUACCCAUUCAGCGAUUCAACUCUCGCCACUAUCCUUUCCUCCGUCCUCUUCGCCUCCAUCUUCUUCCUUCCCACCACAAAAGCAGGACCAAGCUCGCAGCUUUCCCCCGGCAAACCCCUCACUGAUGGCGCCACCCUCGUUUCCCCCGGCGAGAUAUUCGAGCUCGGUUUUUUCAGCCCCGGCAACUCCACAAACCGCUACGUUGGCAUCUGGUACCACAACUUCUCCACCUCCACUGUCCUCUGGGUCGCCAAUCGCGAGUCCCCUGUUCUCGACACCUCAGGUUCCCUCUCCAUCUCAGGGGACGGCAACCUUGUCGUCCUCGAUGGCCGCAAGGCCGUUCUCUGGUCAUCAAAUGUUACCUCCUUGUCGUCGAAUGAAUCCACGGCAGAGCUUUUGGACACCGGAAAUCUUAUGCUCAACAACUCCGGUUCCAAUGUGUGGCAGAGCUUCGACCAUCCCACCGACACUUACCUCCCCGGCAUGAAGAUCGGCCUCGACCUCAUCACCAACGUGAACCAGGUCUUCACGUCCUGGCGCAGCGUGGAUGACCCGGCAACGGGGAACUUCUCCAUGGGCGUAGCGCCGGACCAGUCGACCCAGAUCUUCAUAUGGGAAGGAAGCAAACCGAGGUGGCGCUCUGGUCGGUGGGACGGGCAGGUGUUCAUAGGAAUACCGAACAUGGUGCCUACAUACAUCUACGGCUUCAAACUCAGCAACUUCGAGCAGGAGAAGAAGAUGUAUUUCUACUACUCGCAAUUUAACAGCUCUCACCGCUACGUUCUCAAUCCUGACGGCAUCGAACGCCAUCUUGUGUGGGCUAACGAUACUGAAAAGUGGUAUCAGUUCUGGGCGCAGCCGAUCACUCAAUGCGAGAUUUAUAACUUCUGCGGAAACAAUGCGACCUGCACGAAUAGCGCCGAUGGCAAAUCGCCGACCUGUAGUUGUUUGAAAGGUUUCGAGAGGGAGAGUGAAAACUUGUCCGGUGGGUGCGUGAGGAGGACGCCACUGCAGUGUGAAAGAAACAAAAGCAGCAGCGCCACCGCCGGUGGUCAGCCAGACGGGUUCUAUUUGAUGCAGGGGGUGAAACUGCCUGAUCUGUCCUAUUGGGAUUCGGGCUCUGUGACUUAUAGCCAGUGUGAGGUGGCUUGUUCGGCAAAUUACUCCUGUAAAGCUUACAGCUUUGUAACAGGGAUCGGAUGUUUAAUGUGGGGAAGAGACUUGGUCGACAUCCACUUAUUCUCCAGUGGUGGGAAUGAUUUCUAUCUUCGGCUCGCCGCAUCAGAAUUUGAUGAUCAUAAGAAGGGAUUAGAAGGAUAUGUCAUUGCGAUCAUUGUAGUAUCGGCUGUGGUGCUAAUAGUCGGAGGAAUUUAUUUGAUGUGGAAGUGCAAGAUCAGAAUGAAAAGGUUCUAUCGAAGACUGAUAAAACGCCAGAGAUCGGUGGAAAUAACAGGAGCAAAUGGAGGUGAAGAUUCAUCGGGGGAAUUUUCUGCAGUGAUUGUUAUACAUGAACAAGAGAAAGGUGGGCACGAUGUGUCUUUGUUCAGUUUUCAGACUAUAGAAGAAGCAACAAAAAGCUUUUCUUCAUCGAAUUUGCUUGGGGAAGGUGGAUUUGGUCCGGUUUACAAGGGCAUACUACCUGGUGGGCAAGAGAUAGCUGUAAAAAGACUUUCAAGGAGUUCUGGACAAGGCAUGGAAGAAUUUAAAAACGAGGUCAUACUAAUUGCAAAACUACAGCACAGGAAUCUAGUCAGGCUCUUAGGUUAUUGCAUCAGAAGGGAGGACAAGAUGCUAGUUUAUGAAUACAUGCAUAACAAAAGCUUGGAUGUUUUCCUGUUUGCAGACACAAGCAGGAAACUUCUGUUGGAUUGGAAGACAAGAUCCAGCAUAAUUGAAGGCAUUGCUCGGGGUCUCCUAUACCUCCAUCGUGACUCGAGAUUGCGAAUCAUACAUCGUGAUCUUAAAGCAAGCAACAUCUUGCUUGAUGAGCAUAUGAAUCCAAAAAUAUCAGACUUUGGAAUGGCGAGGAUCUUUGGCAGUGACGGCAAUGAAACAACCACAAAGCGAGUGGUUGGAACAUAUGGUUACAUGUCACCCGAAUAUGCAAUGCAAGGCUUGUUCUCAGUGAAGUCUGAUGUCUAUAGUUUUGGAGUUCUACUAAUAGAGAUUGUCAGCGGGAAGAGGAACAGCACAUACUAUAAUUCUGAACUGUCACUGAACCUCUUAGGAUAUGCUUGGAAGCUAUGGAAUGAAGACAGUGUGAUGGAGUUUGUGGAUUCAUCUAUAAUAAGUUCUUGCUCAGUAAAGGAGGUCUCAAGAUGCAUCAAUGUGGGUCUGUUAUGUGUUCAGGAUCGAGCAAUCGAUAGGCCGACAAUGUCGUCUGUGAUUCUUAUGUUGGAGGGUGAGAACUCUAUGUGUCCGAUGCCGAGGCAGCCUACAUUUGCAGCAGAGAUGAGCCAAAGUGACACAGACUCGUCGACAUUCGAUAAAAGGAUUGUCUCUGCAAAUGCUUCCAUUACAAUGUUAACUGGGAGGUAGCAGAUUUAUCGUUGAACCAGUAAUGAGUUGAGUAGUAUUCACUAGUUAGAGAUUUUUUAAGCCUAAAUUAGUACCCAAUAUGAGAAGUUCUCAUUCAUGGCAGAAGUAGAGAUCAGAUAAAUUGUUGUCUGGUAUUAGCCAUGAAAAAGUCUUCCCUUAUUUACAGCUUUCCUCUUUUUUUCUGUACAUAACAUAUAUCUUUUUUUUUAUGUUAGAAAGAAAUUAUUAUCAUCUGUUCUUAGUUCUUCCA